ACAAGGAGAGAAAACCCGGCUUCAGAGUUCGCACUUUGUGAUUUUUGAGCCCUUUGUACCUUAGUUUUCUCAUGGAUAAAGUGGGGAUACUUCUCUUACAAGGGUGUUGUAGGGCAAAUAAGAUAAAGAAUGAUGGCUAAAAUAUUAAUUUGGAUUGGAAGCACCAAGCUGAAAAUAGAAGUAUCUGGACACCUUUGAACUGGAGGAGAGGGGGUGACUUCUCCAAGUCUGAAGCAUGCACCCCACCAACAGGACUGGGCUGGGGAAAUGUGCCACAGAUUUCCUAGCAUAGCCAGUGAAGGAAUGCUUCAGGGCAGGGUCCUGUACGAGCUGUCCAGACGGCUUGGAUUUCUUGGUAGAAGCUUUGUUUUUUUGGACAUCUCUUUUCUGUGAUAAGGAAAUUUGAAGCUAUACCCCCUCUGCUUCAGACGUUCAAGAGACCCCUAGGCCUGUGAAGAAGAAAGCAUCCGACACCUUCACUCGGGCUCAGCGAGUGCUCGUUGUAGACACCUAAAAGUAAAGGCUGCCAGGCCUCUUCCCAUUGGAUUGGUGAAAUCAAGGGAAGGAGAAUCUGCCAUUGUUACCGGAAAGAGAGAUGGCUGAACAGUUUUUAGUGGAGAAGAAAACUCAUGUGAGGAGCAUGAGGCAGAUUUAAGCCAACCCGAAGUAAAUGGCCACCUCUGGCUUAGAAGGAGCCAAGGCAGUCUCUUGGUGGAAUUAUUUUUUUCUUUACGAUGGCUCGAAGGUAAAGGAAGAAGGAGACCCAACAAGAGCAGGCAUUUGCUAUUUCUAUCCUUCUCAGACCGUGCUCGACCAGCAGGAGUUCCUCUGUGGACAUAUUGCUGGAGUUGUCCGCUGUAUUUUUGAAAUUUCCGGGUCUCCUCCCAGUCUUGUUCGUUUGAGGAAAUUGAAAUUUGCCAUAAAGGUUGAUGGAGAUUACCUUUGGGUGCUGGGCUGCACAGCAGAGCUCCCCGAUGUCAGAUGCAAGGAAUUCCUGGAUCAGCUGAUUGGAUUCUUUCGGUUUUAUAACGGACCCGUAUCUCUGGCUUACCAGAAUGGGCCUCAGGAAGAGCUGAGCAGAGAGUGGGACAGUUUCAUCGACUGUAUUCUGAAGAACACCAGUGAGCCGCACAAAAUAUUCAGUUCCCUUUGGAAUUUGGACAAAACGAAGGUGGAACCCCUCCUGUUACUAAAAGCCGCUCUCAUUCUGCAGACCUGCCAGCGAUAUCCUCACAUUCUGGCCGGCUGCAUCCUCUAUCAGGGACUGAUUGUUAGUACCCAGCUGCCACCGUCCCUCACUGCCAAAGUCCUUCUACAUCGAGCAUCAUCUCCUAACAAGAGUCUACCUGCAGGAGGGAUCGCCCUUCAGGAACAUGGUUGUGCACUGCCGGCAAAUGUCCAGAUCACUCCGGUUUUCCUAACGGAAGAUGAAGCUGUUAGCCUUCGCGAUUUCCCAGUAGAAUGGAUGACCAGGUGGGGAAUUCAGAACAGUCUAGAAAAUCACUCCACUCUGACAGACGUCCAGCCCCUCGUGGGCCACUUGGCCUCCCAAGAGGGAUCUCCCACAUCAUUGGCCAAAUGCAAAAAGAAGUCAGAGCCACCUGCUCCAAGGUGCUGGAGCUCCUUAGGAUCUGAAAACGUCUGCAAUGAGGAUUCCCAGGCCUGGAAACUGGCAGCAGCCCUGGGGAGUGACUCAGUUUGUCCAAAUGGCCCAGGAGAAGCAUGUGAGGAGCCAGGACGUUUGCUCGACCGUAACUCGGGGAGUGUCAAACCACCAGGAUUACAAAGCCCUGUUAGAAGCCCAGGGUCAGAACUCGGCACUAGCCCAGGCAGGGAGCCCACUCUGCAUUCCUCCUCUGUGCUCCCCAUUCCGGGAGGGAAGGAAACGGAGAAAUCUUCAGUGAAUUUUGACUUCCCACAUGUGUGCGCCUCUGAUGGUGGGAAUCCGUCCCAGGAGAGUGCUGUUAGUCUGGACCCAGCAGUGGCAGAACGCUGCUUCCUAGCUGGAUCCCCUGGCAGUCUCACGUGCUGCCCUCCUGAGGGGCUCACACAGACGUCUGUGGAAGUGCUCGGUGAGGACGGCUCAGGGAGUCACAGCCAGGUCUGCGUUCUUGGAGGUGGCCAUCUCCCCGAUGGGCCAAGCAGCCCAUUGUCAUCGCCUCUGUCGGGCUCUAAGCAUGUAAGACAGACGCCCUUAGCUGAAGCACAGGGUUCUGGCCAGUCUGCGGUAGGGGAUGGCCCACAGAAGUCAGCCCAUGGUCUGGAAGGCCGGUCUGGCUCACUGGGGUCUCGGGGCAGUGACUUCUCUGCAGAUGGAACCAGCUUGAGCUUCCCUGGGACGGACUCUCAGUCCAUGCUGGUGAAGAUGCAUCUGUACACGCACAGUGUGAAGGGGCUGGUCUUGUCCCUGCUGGCUGAGGAACCACUUCUCAAGGAUGGGGCGGUCAUCGAGGACGUGUAUCACAGUAGCCUGGCGUCACUGAAUGGUCUGGAGGUUCACUUGAAGGAGACGCUGCCCGAGGAGGAGUCCGCCACAGCGCGAGCUGCGUACAACUUUCUGCACUAUGACAGCAUUCAGAAUGUGCUCACGGCCAACCUGCCAGAAGCACCCACUUCCCAGGACCGACACCUGCUCCGGGCAGUCCGUCUGAUUCAUUCAGACUUCACGCAGAUGCCAACUUUGUAUGAGAUGAUAGUCAGGAAUGCCUCCACAGCAGUGUAUGCCUGUUGCAGCCCUGUCCAGGAAACCUAUUUCCAGCAGAUGGCCUCCCCCGCUCGGAGCUCCGGUUUCCCCAGCCCCCAGGAUGGCAUCUUCACCCUCCCGGGCAAGGCCAAGCAGAAGCUGCUGAAGCAUGGGGUGAACUUACUUUGAGCAGAAUGGACGUGGGGCCUGCCGGCGCCAGAGAGGCCGAACUCCCAGCGUGGCGGUUCUGCCCUGCCCUGUCCUUAGGAAAUAUGUAUGUUUUUAGGGUUCUGGGGAGAUGUGAGGGGUAAGCCUUUGUUUUUGCAGAGCACAUUUUUCCGGGGGCUGGGGUGGUGGUGGGAGGGUUCCCUUGGAGACCAGCAGCUUCCCUGUAUCUGUCAGGAUGGAGUCGGUCACCAUAGCGUUGCAGGAGGAGGCUGCAGCCUGUAUUGCCAGGCUCGGAAGGUGCCGUUUGCCAUUUGCUGCUGCUACUCCCUGUCUAGUUUUAAUGAUUCUGUUGCAGGUGUAGGUUGGCCUCCUCUCGGUGCCUUGCUGUCAGUCGAAAGCUUCUUCUCACCCAUUGGGUGUGAUCAUAAAAGCAGGAGACAGUGAUUUAUUUUUAACAGUUGGGCCAAUAUGUACACCUCAAGAUAGGGUUAUCCUCUUCAAAGUUGUCCCCUUGGGUUAUCCUCUUCAAAGUUGUCCCCUUGGGAGACUGCACACUUGUUCCAGAGAAGUUGCCAUUGCUUAGGAUAUUUUGGGGACUUCUCUAUGGAAUAGCUUUCAGAGCCUGCAGCACAUUCUUUUGAGGCUCCUCAGUAGGGGCACAUUCUUGUAUUACGAGGAGACAAAUUUGAUUUUUGGAAACAACCAUAAGCCGUAUGGAGCCACCGCUGAAGAGUAAGGUAGGUGAUCAAACUGGGUAGUGCUGCUUCUGGUAGAAAAUGGCCAUGAGCCAGGACCAUGAAGUCAGUAAUACUGUUGGUUUUCUCAGGUGUCCACAUUACAAACAGGUUCUGAAAGCUCCCCUACUGUGUCCCAUGCCCCCAAGUCCCCAGACAUUUGGCACAAGGGAGUACUGUUAAGUAUGGAGCCCUGCCUUCGUGAUGAGGCCAGGAUCCAUCCAGGUGCGCUAAUGGGGGACAUCAUCCCAAAGGAUCAGCCCCAGGCCUUUCCAGCAUCAGGGGUCUCGUCAGGAACAAAACAGCUACCAGAGACACAGCUCAAUCUCUUCCAGCAACACUUCGAAUCCCUCUUUGUUAAUUGAGGCAUAAAAGAUCGUGAGGCAAUGGACCAAUGUAUUAACUUUGAGGAUGUGAUGUUCUUAUUUAUAAACAGAUUUCUACACCUGUCCUUAGUAGGUAGGCAGUUUAAAAUGUUACUCUAUCCCUAAGCCUAAACAGUAACACUCUAAUUAACAAAGUUUAUGAAUCGACAUGUCAGUAAAUGUGUUUUGCAGACACUUUUUUUU